AUGUCUCGCUCAAAAGAGGGUUAUCUGUGGACCGCGAAACAAGUCACAGAGGGCCUAGUAACCGCCGCUAUUCAACAGAGCUCUCCGGCCAUCAAAGAUUGCUACGAUGUCAUCGUUAUUGGCGCCGGUUUUUCCGGUCUCGUGGCUGCUCGAGACUUGAAUCAGAAACACGGCGUCAAUGUCCUUCUCCUUGAAGCACGCGAUCGUAUCGGCGGCCGCACCUGGACGGCUAAAGUCCUAGGCGAAGAGAUAGAGAUGGGAGGUACAUGGGUCCAUUGGGCACAGCCGCAUCUAUACGCCGAACUGCAUCGAUAUGACCUGCAUAGAAAUUUGAAGACAUCAGCAGGAACGAUUGCGCCUGAAAAGCAAGAAUUUAAAACUGCCUUGGGAGAGACGGAAGAAAUGUCGAUUGCAGAGGAUGGCGCUGCGCUGGAACGAGUGGCAGAGGAGUUCUUCACGAUCGACGGACUGAAUAGUCGGUCUCUCAUGCCUUAUCCGCAUGAUUCGUUGCGGGAGCCUGCACCCUGGAGAAAGUACGAUCACCUUAGUGUGCAAGAUCGUUUGGAUCAGCUCCAUGAUAUCCCACAACGGAUGAAGGAUCUAUUCGGAUCAAAUAUAAACACAUUUGGCAGCGCUCCAAGCAAGGACAUCGGGUUCGUGGAGGCAUUGAGAUGGUUCGCAUUGGGCGGUCAUACUAUUGCCGGUGUCUUCGAAAUGGCUGGGAUAUACAAGAUUGGUAAAGGAGGCAUGACUUCGUUGGCUCAUGCUAUUCUAAAUGAAUAUACCGGCGACCGGCUCUUUAACACGGUUGUUGCCGAGAUUUCUCAUAUCGCAAGCGGUAUUGAGCUCUCAACCACGAGCGGCCUGAUCUUACGGGCGAAAAGUAUCAUUUCAACGAUUCCACUGAACUGUCUCGAUGACAUCAAAUUCACUCCUCCUCUAUCUCCACUCCGCCAAGAAGCAAUUGCGGAGGGUCACAUCAACAAAGGUGCCAAAAUCCACUACAAGCUCCGCGAGUCACUCCCCGCGUGGUUUUGGACAGGCGAUUCCAAGAGCGACACAAGCUUUGUAUUCGCCUUCUCAGAUCACAACGGAACGCAGCCGUCCGGACCGUCUGGGACCUGGUGCAUCGGCUUUGGGUAUAACGGAAAGUUGACCGACAAGAAGGACUCUCAGUGUAUAAUUGAGCAAUUUAACAAAAAUAUUAACCCGAGCGUUACCGUGGAGGCUUAUGCUACACAUGACUGGAUGAAUGACCCUUAUGCCAAGGGAGUUUGGGCGUGCUGGGGACCUAACGCUACAUCGAAAUAUCUAGCGGAACUUCAACAGCCUCACGGACGAGUUAUUUUUGCGAAUGCGGACUGGGCCGAUGGUUGGAGGGGAUUUGUUGAUGGUGCUAUCGAGCGAGGACAAGUUGCUGUGCGAGAUACGCUGAGUCUAGUCAAAGGACAGAAAAUUAUGGCGAAGUUGUAG